CACUCACGUCCAAUAAAUGUAACACUUGGAUGUUUCUGAACAGAUUGUUUUGAUGAUAGGCAAUUUUGGAGUUGCCGUUUUCGAUUAGUUAAUUAAUUCAACCUCAAAUAUUUUCGACUUGUUAAUAUUUCAACGCUGUUUUACAAAUGGCCUCGGCUAGAAUGUCGCCUACAGAAGACGAUGAGCUGACUCUGCCGCGGGCUUCCAUGAACAAAAUGAUCAAGGAAAUCCUUCCCCACGUCCGCGUUGCCAAUGAGUCCCGCGAGCUCAUCCUGAACUGCUGCACCGAGUUCAUCCACCUACUGUCAUCUGAGGCAAAUGACAUCUGCAAUCAGCAACAAAAGAAAAUGAUCAUGGCCGAACAUGUUCUCCAGGCUCUCGAAAAAUUAGGCUUUAGCGACUAUCGUUCUGAGGCCGAGGCUGUUCUCAGAGAUUGCAAAGCUGUGGCCGCCAAACGAAGAAGGCAAAGUACAAGGCUAGAAAAUCUAGGUAUACCAGAAGAGGAAUUAUUUAGACAGCAGCAGGAGCUUUUUGCUAAAGCCAGAGAGGAACAAGCUGUUGCUGAACAGAUUGAGUGGCAACAAAUGCAAGCUGUUGCGCAAAUGCCAACAACUAUAUUAAAUGGCGACAGUGAUGACGAAGAUUAUUCUUAAAAUUACCUUAUAACUAUGGUUCCAUUAACUUAACAAUUUAAGUUUUACGUAAAUUCCGCGAUUUAUUUUUGUUACUAUGAAAUUUUGUAAACCAUUAAUUGCAAAAUAAGCAUUAAGAAUAAGACAAUGAAAAACUUUACGAUCUUACGAUUAAUGUAUUUUUUUUUUUUUGAAAAAAAAAAAAAAAAAAGAAAAAAAAAUAUGAAACUAAUAAUAGUUAACGCGAAUAAAAAAUUUAAAAUACGGUAAUAAGUACAUUCAAAGAAAGUUUCAUAGCGAUUACGUUCUUACAUAGUAACUUUAACAUUUCCAAUAAAGUAUAAUUGAUAACAUAUUA